AUGGAGAACGAAGAAAGAGCACAUCUGGAGGCUCAUUAUCAAAGGGAGUUGGAGAGUAUGAAAAAUGAUAUCGCAAGACUUACAAGUCUACUCGAGCAGGCCCUAGUAUCCAAGUCUGGAGAAGAUACCUCUACUCAGCCAACGGUUGCAACUCCAUCUAUAUCUACUCCAGUAGCUCCUUUCGUGUUCACUUCUCAAAAUCUAGGGGCAAAUCCUUCUUCAUCUGAACAGCAGUUCACUGUCAAUGUUCCACCAGCACAAGUGCCGAUCAUAAACUUGACAACUGAUGACUCACAUAAGAUGAGAUACUCUAAACCUGUUGAUUAUGACAAAUUGACCGCUCUAGAAGAAAGAUUGAGAGCAGUCGAAGGGGCCGACUUAUAUGAUCCUGUUCAUGCUGCAGAGAUGUGUUUAGUCCCAAAUGUAGCUGUACCUAAAGAAUUUAGGAGGAUAGAACAAGCAAUAAGAAUAGGGAGAAUGUUAGAGCCUACUGAGAAGAAAGGCUUUAUCGGGAAAAAGAAGGAGUUUGAGGUGAACAAUAUGGAAGGAGGGUACAAGGGUAAGAAGAAAAAUUACCAUCACUAUAACUUCCAAAGACCUACCCAACAAGUUGCAAGUGUAAGCUUCACUAAACCUUUCCCUCCCAACCAGCAAAACCAACCAAAUGACCAACAAAGUAACCAGAUUGGUAAUCCUACAAGAAGGAAUUUUCAAAGAACCCAAGAACGAUUGCCACCAUUACCACUUCCCUUGGGAGAAAUGUAUUCGAAGUUGUUGAGUAUUGGGCAAGUGGCCCCUGUUCCUUUAACCCCACUACAACCUCCAUACCCAAAUUGGUAUAAGCCUGAUAUGACAUGUGAAUAUCAUGCUGGCAUUGCUGGGCAUAACAUUGAAAGCUGUAAUGCAUUCAAAAACAAGCUCCUUCAAUUGAUAAAAGCUGGAUGGAUAACUUUUGAUGAUGCACCGAAUGUGAAUUCCAACCCUUUACCCAAUCAUGCUACAAGCAGUGGAGGGGUGAAUGCUAUCGGAGUAGAGGGUAAGAAGGAAAGAACUUUGAAGGUUUCCAUGGAAAAACUGUACGGUAUGAUGGUACAGUCUGGAUAUUUAUCCGAGUUUGAACCAGUAAUGAAUGGAAAUAAUUACUGUAAGUUUCAUGCCAAGGUGGGACAUCAUAUUGAUGAUUGCGAAGAAUUUCACCAAAGAGUGAAAAGGAUGUUGAUUUUCGGCAUGAUACGGAUAGAAAGUGAAGAAGAAAGCAGUGAAGUGGGAAUGAUAGGCAGCCAGGAGAAAAAAAGAGAGGUUUGUAGACUCCAACCAACUGUGGGUGGUCCGCCAAAACUAAUCCUAAUCAAGCCUGUAUGUACCAAUAAUGGAAGUUAUGGCACAAUGCCUUACAAUUAUGGGUAUGCUUUCAACGUUAAAAAUCCUACUCCUGUCUUCCAUACAGAAAUCGGUGGUUUAACUCGAAGUGGUCGUUGUUUUACACCAGAAGAAUUAGAGAGGCAGAGGAAAGCUAAAGGAAAAGAAACAGUUGAGGCUUUUAAAGAUAUGGAAGUGAACAAACCCAUAAGUGAAGAGGAGUCUAAUGAAUUUCUGAAGUUGAUGAAGCAUAGUGAGUAUAGUAUAGUAGAUCAGUUGAAGAAAACUCCUGCUAGAAUCUCUUUAAUGUCACUUAUCUUGAGUUCUGAGUUACACCGUAAAGCGUUGCAAAAGGUGUUGAAUGAAGCAUAUGUGCCACAGGAUAUUACUCAGGAUACAAUGGAGCAUUUGGUGGGAAGAAUUCAAGCCUCUAAUUACUUAUAUUUCACUGAAGAUGAGCUAGACCCGGAAGGGACUGGGCAUAACAAGCCCUUGUAUAUCACUGUGAAAUAUAAGGACUGUCUGAUCGGCAAAGUGCUUGUGGAUAAUGGUUCAGCUUUGAAUGUGUUACCAAGGUAUAUGCUGGAUGAGAUGCCAAUUGAUGCUACUCAUAUGAGGCCAAGUACUAUGACGGCUAGAGCAUAUGAUGUGAUGGAUAUCCAUCCUUCCUAUAGCAUGUUAUUAGGAAGGCCAUGGAUACACGCCUCUGGGGCUGUGACAUCAUCUCUACACCAAUGCUUGAAGUACAUCAUCAAUGGUACUUUAGUGAAAGUUAAGGCAGAAGAAACCUUGUCCAUGAUAAGGAAUGUGGCGGUCCCUUAUAUUGAAGCAGAAGAUUGCAAAGAUGGAGAUCUCCAUGCCUUCGAGAUUGUGAACACCGAAUGGGUACCGGAGAAUACUGUGUUAAGAAGACCAGCUAUUUCUAGUACUGCUAGAAUGAUAGCUAAAUGCUUUUUAAAACAUGGGCUGCCAUUCCAGAAUGAUCUAAUUGCUGGAAAUCAUAAAAGAGUCAACAUGAUGAAAAUUAAGGCCGUUGAUCAGAGGUUUGGGCUUGGCUUCAAGCCUAAGAAAGAUGAUCAUAAGAGAGCUGCUAGGAUAAAGCGAGAGAGAAGGUUGGCCAGAAUAGAAGGAAGAAAGCCAGAAGAAGAAGACAUUGCAAUCCCACCUAUCCAUGUUUCUUUUCCAAAGUCAGCAUAUGUGAUGAAACCUGAAAACAUGAUGGAAGUCUUGGGGCAGAAACUUGCUGUCAUGGAUAUCAACAAUGUAGAAGAAGGUGAAGAGAAAGGCUGGAACUGUGAUGAUGAGCCAAUAAUAAUAAAAGAAGAUGAAUUGUUACCACAGUUAACUGUCCAUGCUCUAGAAGAAGCUCCAACCAACGCUUUUGUGCGAAAGCUUUCAGUUGAAGAAGUAUUCCAGAAUUGGGAGAUUGAAGAAGCCCCAAUUUCGGAGCAUGCUUGGAAACCUGCGAAGGAAGAACUAGAGGUGAUAAAUGUAGGCACUGAGCAAGAUAAAAGAGAGUUAAAGAUUGGAACUCUGAUCACUACAGAAGAAAGAUGCAGUUUAACCUCAUUACUACAAGAGUAUAUCGAUGUGUUUGCCUGGUCUUAUACAGAUAUGCCUGGUUUAGACAUUGAUAUUGUAGUACACAGAUUACCUUUGAUAGAAGGAUGUAAACCUGUUAAGCAGAAAUUAAGAAGAACUCGCCCAGAUAUUGUGCUCAAAGUCAAGGCAGAGAUAGAGAAGCAGUGGGAUGCCGGUUUUCUAGAAGUUAUUAAAUACCCUCAAUGGGUAUCUAAUAUAGUGGUGGUACCAAAAAAAGAUAACAAAAUCAGAGUAUGUGUAGAUUUCAGGGAUCUAAACAAAGCCAGUCCGAAGGAUGAUUUUCCUUUGCCUCAUAUAGAUGUCCUGGUAGACAAUGCUGCUAGGAGUUCAACUUACUCCUUUAUGGAUGGAUUUUCCGGUUAUAACCAGAUUAAAAUGGCUGAAGAAGAUAAAGAGAAGACCACUUUUGUCACACCAUGGGGAACAUUCUGCUACAAAGUGAUGCCAUUCGGGUUGAAGAAUGCUGGAGCCACGUAUCAAAGGGCAAUGGUGACACUUUUCCAUGAUAUGAUGCAUAAAGAGAUUGAAGUGUAUGUGGAUGAUAUGAUUGCCAAGUCUAAGAAUGAAGAAGAUCAUGUUCAGGUUCUAAGAAAAUUGUUUGAAAGACUAAGAAAGUAUCAGUUGAAGCUGAAUCCUUCAAAAUGCUCGUUUGGGGUAAAGUCUGGAAAGUUGCUAGGAUUUGUGAUAAGCAAUAAAGGAAUAGAGGUCGAUCCUGAUAAAGUGAAAGCAAUUCAGGCUAUGACAGUUCCUAAGACUGAGAAAGAAGUAAGAGGUUUCUUAGGACGUUUGAAUUACAUUGCUCGAUUCAUAUCUCAGUUAACAGCAACAUGUGAGCCAAUUUUUCGAUUACUUCGAAAAAAGAACCCUGGUACAUGGGACAAAGAUUGUCAAGAGGCUUUUGAUAAAAUAAAGCAAUACUUACAGAAUCCACCUUUACUCGUGCCCCCUGUGCCUGGAAGACCUUUGAUCUUGUAUUUGACAGUAACUGAGGUAGCAAUGGGUUGUGUGUUGGGACAACAUGAUGAGUCUGGAAGAAAGGAGCAAGCUAUCUAUUAUCUGAGUAAGAAGUUUACAGAUUGUGAAUCCAGAUAUACUGUGACUGAGAAGCUAUGUUGUGCUCUUGUAUGGAGUACGAAGCGUCUUCGACAAUAUAUGUUGUAUUAUACCACCUGGUUGAUCUCAAAAAUGGAUCCUCUUAAAUACAUCUUUGAGAAACCCUACUUGUCAAGCCGAAUAGCAAGAUGGCAAGUGAUGUUGGCUGAGUAUGACAUUGUAUACAAGACAAGAAAAUCUGUAAAAGGAAGUGUAAUUGCUGAUCAUCUAGCAGAUAAUGCUAUCAAUGACUAUGAGCCUUUGAAAUUUGACUUCCCGGAUGAGGAUGUGUUGAUAGUAGAAGAGGACAAAGAAAAGAAUGAUUGGUGGAUCAUGUAUUUUGAUGGGGCAGUGAAUGUUUCUGGUAAUGGAGCAGGCGCUGUGAUAAUCUCACCUGACAAGAAGCAAUAUCCCGUCUCAGUCAAACUACAAUUUGAAUGCACUAACAAUACUGCUGAAUAUGAGGCUUGUAUCCUUGGAUUAGAAGCUGCUUUGGAGAUGAAAAUAAAGAAGCUUGAUGUCUAUGGGGAUUCAAUGUUAAUAAUCUGUCAAGUGAAAGGCGAAUGGCAGACCAAGGAGGAAAAAUUGAUACCAUAUCAACAAUAUCUCUCGAAACUGACUGAGGGCUUUGAUGAGAUAGAUUUUACCCACAUGGGAAGAGACAAAAACCAGUUUGCUGAUGCUUUGGCAACCUUAGCUUCUAUGGCCAAAACUGAUUACGGAGUAAGAGUACAACCAAUCUGCAUUGAGAUUAGAAAUUUUCCAGCUUAUUGUUGUUCAGUUGAAGGAGAAAUAGAUGGGAACCCAUGGUUUUAUGACAUCAAGCAGUUUAUCCAAUAUCAAGAGUAUCCCUUGGGGGCAUCCAAAGCAGAUAUGAAGACCUUGAGAAGGUUAGCUCUGGAAUUUUACCUGGAUGGAGAAAUUCUA